CUGAAUCCGGACCACACAACUCUCUGCUCACCCAAUUGCCCGCCAACCGCACAGCCGCCGCCCGUCAAACCCUCCGUGAGACAACACACACGUCAACGCGACCACACACCUCGCGAUGCUGGCCCGCGGCGCGCUCUGCCGCUUGGCGGCCGAGGUGCCCAAACAAGCUACACACGACCUGCCCAAGCUCGCGACUCUUGUCCACACUGCCCGCACCGGCUAUGCUCUGCCUCUCCGCACUCUGUCGCACGUGUCCCAGAUCCAGAUCCGCUCAUAUGUCACCACCAAGGCCGCAAAGGAGCCCACCGAGACGGUCAAGAAGGCCGUCAAGGCGAAGGCAGCCGCGGGCAAGUCUGUGAAGAAGACGACCACCACGAAGAAGGCUGCACCAAAGAAGGCCAAGAAGGAGGCUGCCCCCAAGAAGCCAGUCAAGAAGGCGAAGAAGGUGCUCACAGACGAAGAGAAGGAGAAGAAGGUCAUCUCCAGACUGAGGGAGCUUGCGCUGAGGGAGCCCGUCUCCCGAAACUCGCUUUCAGCUUUCAACGUCUAUCUUGCAGAGAGCCUGAAGGGCCUCAAGAAGCAGGCCCGGGACGAGUUGGGUGAGAACGCAACAGCAUGGAAGAACAUCACGCCCACUGAGCACGAGAAAUGGAACCACUUAGCCGCUGAGCGCAACGAAGCCCGCGCUGCCGAGUACAAGGCCUGGGUUGAGUCGCACACGCCCGACCAGAUCCGCAUUGCCAACAACGCGCGCAAUCUGCUCAGGAGGAAGCUCGCAGGCAAGCUCAAGGGCAACGCCAAACCUGGCCACACUCAGCUCAUUGUGGACGAGCGCCAGGUGAAGCGCGCGCAAACUGCUUGGUCCUUCUUCUUCGCUGAACGCCAAGCGAGCUCGGAUUUCAAGAGCAUUGCCAUUGCCGAGAGGGCUAAGCUAAUUGCUGGCGAGUGGAAGGCGCUGAGUGCCGAUGAGAAGAGGCGAUUCGAAGACCAGGCUGCGGCCGAGAAGCAGAGGUACCUCCGUGAGCAAGCUGCUCAAGCUAAGGCGUGAGCCGUAAGGCGUAAAGCUGUUCUAGCAGCACCGACUUGAUACGUUCUUUGCACGGCUUUUCCUUGGUUCCUUGAUAUCUUUGGAUCGGUGGUUGGACGGGUUGGACGGAUUGAGCUGGCGCUCACAUGUGACAUUAUCGAUGUACUUUGGCCUAGACGGCGGUUCAGUCAUCUUUCUAUGGUCCUCUGGCGCAUCUGGUCUGGCAAUCAGAGCGUAAUUGUUCCUGUCUCGCAUGACGUCUGUAAGGAUAUGGUACUGUAGCUCUGCUUGUAUUCCCCAAUUGUUCUCAAUGCUCGUUCGAACCUGGUGCAUUUGUAUUGACUUACUCAGGAUACCCUUCUUCUAAGGCUAUUUCUCUACCAAUAUUUCUA